AUGCCAGAUCACAAGCGGACUGAGGCUCACCUAUCCACCUGUCACCCUUUUUUAUCAUGUCGGCGUCGGGUGAGGCUCCUGGGCGUUUUGGUGAUCAUCGUCAUAGCACAAGGUCUGUACACGACCGCCUUUUCGUCUGCAGCUGAUAGAGACUCGGAGGAACACCAUGGCAGGGUAGCGCAGCCUCAAAUGCGGGCCAAUCCUGCUUCUUCGGGUGAUUCCCCAAGAGAACAAUUGCCUUUGCCAGAAGGAAAGGGGAGAACGUUAGCGACUCUGGUACACAACGGCAUAUCGCCUGGUGCCAGAUUGAUGAUUCAGGGUCUCCGCAACCUUUCAGAGGCUCAGCGGAAAUUGGCUGCCUUUGUACAUGACGCAGCGAAGAGGUGUCGCGAAGGGGAAGAGCAGAUGUGCGAGACACCUGGAGAGCCAAUCGGCAAACGUAGCGGUAUUGACCUGCCAAAGCUUCCAGUGAUAAGACAGUUCGUUCUGGCGGAUGAUCGAAAUGCGGGGCGGAGUUCGAUUUCUUCGAUGUCUGACUUCGUGCGGACACAUGCGAGCACGGUAGUCGCGACUAGCAUUCGAACGCCAAGGCGACAACGCUGGAAGCCGCCCGGCACCAGGACUAGCCACCCCCUGCAGCCCCGGUGGGGGACGAACCGACUCAAAGGUGCCACGGAGACUGACACACAGGAGGUAUUUAUUGAACUGCGCGCUGGUGGUUUCUUCGACAUGCUCAACAACAUGUUCUUGGGAGGAGUUGGUAGUGCAGAUCCUGCAAAUUUUGAGGGAGGAAACCAGGGCUCGUUCUUCGAUUUUAUGUAUCCGUUGCAAACUGACUAUCCAUGGGCAUGUGUCUGCGACCCUAACCUCUAUGAGAAGUGGGAGCAGAAGGAAACUCCUCAUGUUCCGUGCAAAAAUCAAGUCGACAUGUCGGCACAAGGCGUCACAGCCUACUGCAAUCCUUUACUGCACAAGAUAAACAGCGCUUUUCGUCCAGGAUACGGGGCUUUUGUUUUUUCCUUCAUCGUCGUUUCUCUAAGCUUCGUGUUCUCACUGUUUAUCUAG